CUCGCGCGGUUUUAGCUUCGCUUUUUUUGCGUCAUCCGGGCCGCCGUAGGCACGCUGCAGGUUUUUCCAUCAUGGCUGCGUCCGUCACUCGCCCUGCGCUGUCCUCCUUAUGCAAAAUAAACUCUAAUAUUAAUGGAAUAUACAGCUUAACUUCAUUCAGCAGGAGGAUUUCAAUCACUUCUGUCCUCUCAACAAGCGCUGUGACCACAGAAACCGAAGCCGCAGGCCGAGGUGUUCGGGGUCAACGGAGGUCAAAGAGACAGGCUGGGGAGCCCAGGACCGAGCGGAUGACUGUGGAUCAGGACUGGACCGCUGUUUAUCCCACUGCAGCGUCCUUCAAACCGUCCGCCGUUCCUCUGCCGGUGCGCAUGGGAUAUCCCGUGAAGAGAGGCGUGCCGCCUGCCAAGAAGGGCAACCUGGAACUGAUAAAGAUCCCAAACUUUUUACACUUAACCCCUGUAGCUAUUAAGAAGCACUGUGAGGCCCUGAAGCAGUUCUGUACGGAGUGGCCGUCUGCCCUGGACUCGGAUGAGAAGUGCAUGAAGCAUUUCCCAAUCCAGGUGCAGAGUAAGGAAUUCGUAUCCGCUGGAUUGUCGCUGCGGAACCCAGACGCGAGGAUAGUGACACUGAAGGUGAAGCUCUCCAGCUUGAAUCUGGAUGAUCACGCCAGAAAGAAGAUGAUCAAACUCAGUGAAGAGCGAUACUGCAAAGACACCGACACGCUCACCAUCACCACAGACAGGUGCGCGAUACGGAUACAUAUUCUUUUAUAGUUGUGUGUGUGUGUUUUUGAUUAUGCCAUGUACCUCCUCACCGUGCUUUACCACGAGUCCUGGAAAACUGAGGCGUGGGAGCAGGAAAAGACGCGUGCGGAUAUGGAGGAGUACGAGUGGGAAGACAGUCCGUCCCAAAAGAAGGUUCUGGACACUCUCCUGCGCAUGCGAGCGCUUGGAGCGAAGGAUGAGGUGGAGGAGGGAACCAGGGAGGAGCUGCUGGGGCAGCCGGCGGUGCAGGAGUACAGAGACACCAUGCUCAGGCUGAAGAACGAGGGAGAGACCGAGGAAAAUCUACAGAAGUAUAAAGAGGCUGUGAAGAAGCUCUUUAAUAUCUGAGCUGCGUUAUAGAGAAUAUACAUGUAGAAUUUCAUAUUAAAAAUGUGUUGGGGAAAACUAAAAGCAGUAAGGUGGCUUUUUUUUUCACCAGUGAGCCAUGCAUUGUUUUUAUCAUUUUGAUGUUUUUGUUGUUGUCUUCAAAUUAAAUGCAAAAGUCUGCUAUAUUCACGAAAAAUUAAUUAAUGACAAUAAAUGAGUCACGUUAACCAA